UUCCAAGUGGACACGAUGUCACCUGAGAAAAAAUCCAAGCUGGACAAAGAGCUGCAGGCCCUGUACGAGUCCUGCUUUGCGGACGGCCUGACGCCAGCCGAGAUCCGACAUGUGGCAGGGCCUUUCGUCUCCAGCUCCACCGAGAAGAAACGCGCUCUGCCGCGUCGCAGACUGGUUAAGAAGGCCAUCGCCUGCACUGCAGUCGUGCUCUUCCUCUUGCUCGUGAGGGAAUCCAUCGAGUGGAGGCUUUCCAUGUACGGCCGGCUGUUUCUGAUUGCCCUGCUUCCUUAUUGGGACUGGACGCCAUACCACUACGCCACCUGCCUGGUCGCUAAUCCUCUCUACAAGGCCAGGACGGUCACAACGACAGACUGUCAGGUGUGCGAAGAUCUGCGGGGCGUGGCACGGGCGGACGGCGUCGACACUCAGGCGUUGCUGGAACAAUACGUGGAAAACCUGGUGCCGCUCGUCGUCAGGGAAAGCAUGGGUGACUGGCCUUCCUCGAUGACAUCGUUUGCACUCACCAAUGUCACGCAGGCGUACCUGGAUGACGAGGAUCUGAAGGCGGCCGCCAUAUGCAACUUCCGCAGCAACCGGCAUCGGAUGGGCUUCGAUUCCUUUCUGCGCAGCUUGCCCACCGCUAGUGGCUGGUUCGCCCAUUGGGAGAGCUGCGACCACUCGGGCCAGAAGCAUCUGCGCCAGUUCUACCGGCGACCGUCGUUUCUUCCUCUGGCCGUCGAGUUGACGCGGCCGAACUGGGUCAUCGCGUCGCAGGGAUUCAGCGGGCGUCGCUUCAAGCAGCUCGAGUUCGAAGCUGGGAGCACCCUGGUGUGGCUCGCACAAGUCAAAGGCCUCAACUACAUCCGCCUGGCACCAGAAGCCGUCUGCUCAGACAUAUGCCAAGAAUUGGAACUACUGCUCGACGCACGAGAUAUACUGCUCGUGCACACGAAUAUGUGGAAAGUGCACUACCUCCCCGGAGAGGAUUCCGAAAACAUCGCAUUUGCUGCUGGCGGCUUCAUUUCGGAAUGACGUUGCCUACGUACUUCUCUACACGUCGAGGAAGUGCCACAAUAGAGCAAUAAAGUGACACACCCGAGCAUCAUUUGAUUUCUUGCA